GCCCAGGAAAGCUCGCUUCAAGAAAGGCACAAGAGUGGAGCCACCGCGUCAGCAGCCUCCAGCUACACCUCCUGUGUCUUCACCAUCCGAUGACGAUGACUGGCUCAUCCCUCCGCCCCCCAGUAAUGGUGGUGUCUCCGCAGUGGAUAUUCUGCAACCCUUUCGUCCGCCCAGGAGCGAACCAAGACCUGAGCCACAGGCCGCUAACGGUUCAUGAGUGACGGAACCGUGCAAUGAAGCCAUUGACCCUGAGGCGAACGAGGCAGAUUCGUUUGAGGAACACAUUGACAGGAUGUUUGCUGCUUCUGAUGCUACAAAGCGCAAACGACGAAAGACUACUGAGUUUUGGGAUGUUGAUCUCAUUGAUUCUGAAGGAAUAAUCAAGCAAGCUAAAAUGAGUGUGAGAGAGGCUAUGGAGCGGUCUCUUAAUGGUAGCAAGAUCAUCCUGAGGUUCAAUGAGGAACUGCAGGCAGUCGGAGAUGGAGCUGGCCUGUUGAGUGGCAUUCUAGGAGCGCUGGGUUCUGAUUACAGCAAAUUUCCUAUCUGUGAAAAGAGUUGGGCAAAGGUGCGGGGCAAAGACAGGGUUUAUGACGAUUGUAUAAAGGAGAUGUUCCACUUCCAGGAUAGCAGUGGUUUAAUCAAGAAAUCAUUUUUGAAACAAAUGGGGAAGUCUUGGAAAGACACAAGGGGGAGGCUGUUUGACUCGCAUUACAAACCAACAAGGACACUUGAGCAGAAUCUUGAACAGCGCCCGGAGGGAAUUCCUAGAAAGCAUUGGAAGUGGUUCAUUGAGUAUCGUAAUGAUCCUGCAACAAAGGCGAAGUGCAAGCAAAACACACUGAAUCGAAAGAAACAACUUUACACGCACACUGGCGGAUCUAAAAGCUUGGCAAGGGCUAGAGAAGAAGAGUCACAACUACAAGGAAGGACUGUUGGUAGGGGAGAACUAUGGAUCCUAAAGCACAAAAGAUCUUAUGGCAGCUAUAUACAUGAAGAAGCUCAGAGGAUUGGUGAAAAAAUAUCUGAGCUUGAGCAACUGGAUGAAUCUACAAGAAUAUUGUCAGAGAAUGAUUCCCUUGCCCAAGCUCUGGGCAAAGAGCACCCGGGUAGAGUGCGUGGGAUGGGACACGGCCCGACACCAAGUCAAAUCUUCAGUUCGAGUUCGCAGCCGCCGGUGGAUAGAGCUCAAGUAGAAGAGACCCAAAGGAUGCUGUGUGAACUACAAGCGGAGGUGACGACCGAAAAAUUGAAGACGAAAGCAAUUGAGGAUGAAUUAGCAGCAGAGAAGACGAAAAGGCAGGAAAUAGAGAGUGUGCUGAGUUAUCUGGUCCAACAGCAGUGUGGGGAGCUGCCUCCAGACAUUGCUGCACGGAUGAAUUCUUUGGACAGAUAUGGAGGAACAUAG